AUGGCGCCCAAGAAGAAGGAACAGGUCAAGAUGGCCCUUGGCGACUUCCUGCAGGACUCCAGCUACGGCGGAUCAUGGGCUGAUGAGGUCGAGGAUACGUACAGCACUCAAGCUCUCCCCGCUCCCGAGCGCGCUGGCUACCGUCCCAGCCAAGGUGGCUGGGGUAGCGGCGGCGGUGACCGUGGUGACCGCUCCGAGCGCAGAGACUACGGUGGUUACUCUUCCAUCCGCGAGAAUCUUCCCCAGCAGCUCCCCGAGAGACCCCCCUACACUGCCCACCUUGGCAACCUGUCCUACGAUGCCACCGAGGAGACCGUCAACGAGUUCUUCGAGGGCUGUGACAUCAUCAGCGUCCGCAUUAUUGAGGACCGGGAGCAGCAGCGCCCCAAGGGCUUCGCCUACGCCGAGUUCAAGGAUCUUGAGGGACUGAAGCAGGCUUUGACUCUGGAUGGCCAGACUUUCCAGGGACGUGCUAUCAGAAUCAAGGUUGCCGAUCCUCCCCGUGGUGGUAACCGUGACGGCGAAUCCAACCGCGACUUCAGCGACUGGUCCCGCAAGGGUCCCCUGCCCGACUUGCCUGGACGUGGUGGAAACGAUCGUCGCCCCUCUGACUUUGGCGAGCGCCGUGGCCCCCGUGAGCCUCGCGAGCCCCGUGAGGACGACGGCAAGGUCCGCGACUUUGGCAACUGGGAGCGCAGAGGCCCCCUUUCCCCCGUUGCUCCCAAGGAGGGCUCUGGCUCCCGCGAUGGCAGCCGUCCCCGUACCAACGAUGGACCCCGCGAGUUCCGCGACCGCCGCCAGUCCCCCGCCGCCUGGGGUGAGGGUCAGGGACCCCGCCAGGACUCCCGCCCUCCCCGCCCCGAGAGAGUCCCCACUGCCGCCGAGACCGACAGCCAGUGGAGAACCAAGAUGCGCCCCGAUGCUGCCCAGUCCCGCGACGGCAGCGAGGCGCCUUCUUCCCCUUCAGCCGCCCCCGCCGCUCCCGUCGGCCGUCCCAAGUUGAACCUGGCGAAGCGCACUGUUUCCGAGGCUCCCGACGUCACGUCUCCCUCCGGAACCGACUCCAAGGCCAGCCCCUUCGGUGCUGCCCGUCCCAUCGACACCGCCGCAAAGGAGCGCCUGAUUGAGGAGAAGAAGCAGCAACAGGCCAAGGAGAAGCGCGAGGCCGAAGAGAAGGCCAAGGAAGAGCGUCGCCUUGCCAAGGAGGCCGCUGCUAAGGAGGCCGAGGAGAAGGCCGAGCAAGAGGCUGCUGCCAAGGAGAAGGCUGAGAAGGAGGCUGCAGAGGCUCCCAAGGAGGAGGUUGCCCAAGAGACUGCUGCUGACAAGGAGAACGGCACAUCUGAGGAGCAGAAGAUCCCCGUCAGAGCCAAGGAGGCAAGAGAGCCCAAGGAGGCCCCCAAGUCUCGUGCUUCUGAGGCCAACAGCUGGAGAUCAUCUGGUGCCUCUCGUGGUGCCCCUACCGGACCCAGAGGUGGACGUGGUGGACCUCGCGGCGGUGGCCGAUUCGAGGGAGGCCGCCCUCCUCGUUCCAACGGCCCUGCUGAGAAGCAGGCCCCGGCUGCCGCUGGCAGUGAGUCUGGCGAUGCUGCCCCCGUGGAGGACGAUGGUUGGACCACGGUCCCCAACAAGGGCCGUCGCAAUGUUGGACCCCGUGGCACUGCCUAG